ACCAUGUGAUGUGGCAUGGGAAAUCUACUGAAGAGUUUGGGCAAUCCCUCAUGCUCUUCCGAAUGGUUGGUGAGCUGACAGGUUUUAGUGUUGGCUGCUGCCUUCCCUCCCAUAUCAAAUUAAACAGUGGCAGGUCCCCUGCAGAUGGCACGACAGCGGAUAAAUGGACUGCACUGCAUCAUUGCUCCAACUUCGAUCCCACCUGUUUCGACAAAGGUGUCCGUCGUAAAGGAGAGAGAGAGAGAGAAGAAGAAAGCAUUCCAAUGGUUUCUUAGCCCGCCUCUGACUCUCACACUGAGAGUAGAAAGCAUGAAGUGGGCACCUGCUCCUCCACCAUCAUCCAAUUGCUUUCCUUCCACUGCCCUCAAUUCUGCCUCUUUCUCCCACCUCUAUCUUUCAUCCGUGAUGUGGUGGUGGGAGGAGUAGCCAUUCGCUUCUGCUCUAGUUCCUCUCCCUUCCCUUCUCCUCCAUCUGCCGGACCGAGCCAUGGCACUUGCAGCUGCCGUUGUAGUCUUCUUGUUGCAGCUCUGCCGUCUCUCUCUGUCCUUGAACCAGGAAGGGCGGUACCUGUUGGAAGUCGAGAGAGGGCUCGUAGACCCCUCCGGUGCCCUCUCCGAUUGGAAUCCACGUGACUCCACCCCGUGCAAUUGGACCGGCAUCACCUGCUCGGACGGCACCGUCACCGCCGUCGACCUCACCGAUCGAGGACUCACCGGGCCCUUCCCCGCCUCCCUCUGCCGCCUCCCGAACCUCGCCUUCCUCUCUCUCUCCGCCAACUACAUCAACUCCUCCCUCCCGGACUCCGCCGUCGUCCCAUGCGACGCCCUCGCCCACCUCGACCUCUCACAGAACCUCCUCGUCGGCUCACUCCCUGACGCCCUCGCCGCCCUGCCGGCCCUCACCUACCUCGACCUCACCGGCAACAACUUCACCGGCCCCAUUCCGCCAUCCUUUGGACGCUUCCCCCGCAUCCGGGCGCUCUCCCUCGUCGCCAACCUGCUCACCUCCACCGUCCCUGCCUUUUUGGGCAACCUCACCACCCUCCGCCAGCUCAACCUCUCCUACAAUCCCUUCGCCCCCGGCGAAAUUCCUCCCUCCCUCGGCAACCUCUCCUCCCUCGAGAUCCUCUGGCUCGCCGGAUGCAACCUCGUAGGCGACAUCCCGCCGUCGCUGGGCCAGCUCUCGGAGCUUGCCGACCUCGAUCUCUCCACGAAUGCGCUCUCCGGCCGCAUCCCUGAAUCCAUCGUCAAUCUCUCCAGCAUUGUUCAGAUCGAGCUGUAUAAUAACUCGCUCUCCGGUCCAAUUCCGCUGGGCUUUGGUAAGUCCAGCUCGCUGCUCCAGAUCGACGCUUCCAUGAACCAACUCGAGGGGCCGCUGCCGGAAGAUCUUUUCGACGCCCCCCUCCUCGAGAGCGUCCACUUCUACUCGAACAGACUAAUUGGAGCCGUACCCGCCGGCGUCUCUCGCUCCACGAGUCUAAUUGAGCUCCGCCUCUUUGCCAACCGGCUGAAUGGCUCUCUCCCAGCCGACCUGGGCAAGAAUUCGCCGCUGAUGCUCCUUGAUUUGUCGGACAACAUGCUCUCCGGAGAGAUCCCCGGGAGCAUCUGCGAUCGCGGCGUGCUCGAGGAGCUGCUUUUGAUCGACAACUUGUUCUCCGGUGGCCUCCCUGUAGGCCUCAGCCGCUGCCAAACGCUCACCCGCGUCCGGCUCAGGAACAACCAGCUGUUCGGCGAGGUCCCCGCCGGAUUCUGGGGCUUACCACAUCUUUGGCUGCUCGAGCUCAGAGGUAAUUCCUUGUCCGGUGGGAUCUCUCCGCUCAUCUCCGGCGCUGCAAACCUCUCCAAGAUCGUCAUCGACGACAACCGGUUCACCGGCAGCAUCCCAUCCGAAAUGGGGGCUCUGUCGAAGCUGUACGAGUUCUCCGCCUCCAACAACCAGUUCUCUGGGCCGCUCCCCGCGUCGCUCGGCAACUUGGAGGAGCUCGGGCAGCUCGACCUCCACCGCAACCUUCUCUCCGGUGAGCUGCUCCGAGGGAUCCGUUCCUGGAAGAAGCUCAGCGAGCUAAACCUUGCUGAUAACAAGUUCACCGGCAGCAUACCCCCCGAGCUCGGCGACCUCCCAGUGCUCAACUACCUUGAUCUCUCCGGCAAUCUCCUCACCGGCAGUAUCCCCAUCCAGUUGGAGAAUCUAAAGCUCAACGAGUUCAACUUAUCGAACAAUGAUCUCUCAGGCGCUGUUCCACCUCUUUUCUCGCACGAUGUCUACAGGAAUAGCUUCUUGGGAAAUCCGGGAUUGUGCAAUGGCAUGCCUGGCCUGUGCCCUGUCUCGCGAUCCACCGGGGAACAGCGUAGCUUCAUCUGGUUGCUCCGCUCCAUCUUUAUACUUGCUUCGUUGAUCUUUGCCGUCGGAGUUGCCUGGUACGUUUGGCGGCACCGGAAGUACAAGCAGGCCAAGCAGGGAACAGAGAAGUCCAAAUGGACGUUGACAUCAUUCCACAAACUAGGAUUCAGCGAGUAUGAGAUCUUGGACUGCCUUGACGAAGACAACGUGAUUGGCAGCGGGGGUUCCGGGAAGGUCUACAAGGCGGUUCUCAGCAACGGAGAGACGGUGGCUGUGAAGAAGCUAUGGGGAACAUCCAAGAAAGAUGCGGAGAACGUAAACCAUUCCGUGGAUGAUGGUUUCGAGGCAGAGGUUGCGACGCUGGGGAAGAUAAGGCAUAAGAACAUCGUGAAGCUGUGGUGUUGCUGCACCACCAAGGACUGCAAACUGCUGGUGUAUGAGUACAUGCCUAAUGGGAGCGUAGGAGACCUGCUGCACGGCAGCAAAGGAGGGCUUUUGGACUGGCCGACGAGGUAUAAGAUUGCGCUUGACGCCGCGGAGGGUCUCUCUUAUCUGCACCAUGACUGCAUGCCGCCCAUCGUGCACAGAGACGUGAAAUCGAACAACAUAUUGUUGGACGGUGAGUAUGGUGCCAAAGUAGCAGAUUUCGGGGUGGCGAAAGCUGUUGAGAUGAUCGGCAAGGGGCCAAAAUCCAUGUCUGUGAUCGCUGGUUCAUGUGGAUACAUCGCGCCAGAGUAUGCAUACACUCUCCGAGUGAACGAGAAGAGUGACAUAUACAGCUUCGGCGUGGUCAUUCUGGAGCUCGUCACCGGGAAGCUCCCGGUCGAUCCCGAGUUCGGCGAGAAGGACUUGGUGAAGUGGGUAUCCUGCACCAUGGAGCAGAAGGGCACGGACCACGUCAUCGACCCCAAGCUCUACAUGCACCACAGGGAGGAGAUGAGAAGGGUCCUGGGUAUCGGCCUUCUUUGCACGAGUUCUCUGCCGAUCAACCGCCCAUCGAUGAGACGGGUGGUGAAGAUGCUGCAAGAAGUUGGAACAGAAAGCAAGCCCACCAAGGCCGAGAAGAAGGACGGGCAACUGUCUCCUUACUACUGUGAAGAUGGUUCAGACCAUGGAAGUAUCGUCUGAAUGGAUUCUCGUUUGCUGUGUGUGUCAAAGGCCAAGAGAGGAUGGGGGAAGAAAGAAGCUACUAAAUCCUACUGCUGUGUUUUCUGGCAGAUUGCUGCAGGAUUUGGGGGAUGAAGUGUGUGUAUCUUUGUCCUCCUCGAUAUCUACUUAGCUUUUUGAAUCCCUUCUCUGUGCGCGGGUAGAUUAUUAGGGAUUGGGUUGAAACUAUCCGAUCUGAUAGAUGGAUGGAUGCAAAUAGAAUUGGAUAUCUACAUGAUUUGCAGGAACUCAAUCCAUCUCCAUCAAUGUGAUGGUACUCUGUGAUCUAUAUUUUGAAAUGGAUGCAGUGUUAUGUCGAA